AUGACCACCACCUUCAUGGCCCUGUUCUACCUUGGACUGAGUGUGAACCUGAGGACACCAGUGCAUGCAGGGACCCUCCCCAAACCCACCGUCUGGGCUGAGCCAGGGUCUGUGGUCACCUGGUGGAUGCAAGUGACCAUCUGGUGUCAGGGGGCCCUGGAGGCCAAGGAGUACUGUCUGGAUAAAGAGGGAAGUGCAUCACCAUGGAGCAGACAGAGCCAAUGGGAACCUGGGAACAAGGUCAAUUUCUCCAUUCCACAGAUGACAGAUCUGUAUGCAGGACAAUAUCGCUGUUACUAUCACAGCCUCACAGAACAGUCAGAUCCCAGUGACCCCCUGAAGCUGGUGGUGACAGGAGUCUACAGCAAACCCUCCCUCUCAGCCCUGCCGAGCCCUGUGGUGACCUCAGGAGGGAACGUGACCCUUCAGUGUGGUUCAUGGCUGGGAUUUGACAGGUUUAUUCUGGCUAAAGAAGGAGAACACCAGCCCUCCUGGACCCUGGACUCACAGCGACACCCCAGUGGGCAGCCCCAGGCCCUUUUCCCUGUGGGCCCCGUGACCCCCAGCCUCAGGUGGACGUUCAGAUGCUAUGGAUAUAACAGGAAGUACCCUGAGGUGUGGUCGGUCCCCAGUGACCCCCUGGAGCUUCUGGUCUCAGGAGUGCACAGUGCACCCUCCCUCUCAUCCCACCCAGGCCCUGUGGUGGCAUCAGGAGAGAACGUGUUCCUCUCCUGUAGCUCAGAGACCACCUUGGACACUUUCCAUCUGCUGAAGGAAGGAGGAGCUGACCCACCCAGACGCAUGAAGUCAACGACCUAUCAUGGGAGGGGGCAGGCUGUCUUCCCUGUGGGCCCUGUGAAUACCUCUCAUGGGGGGAUCUACAGAUGCUAUGUUUCUCCCAGCUUCAACUCCUAUGUGUGGUCACACCCCAGUGACCCAUUGUAUCUCAAGGUCACAGGAAUGUAUGAGAAACCCUCCCUCUCGGCCCAUCCAGGGCCCUCAGUGUCCUCAGGAGAGAACGUGACCCUGCAGUGUCGCUCUGAGAUCUGGCUGGAUAACUUCCAUCUGUCCAAGGAGGGGUCAUCUGCUCCUCCCGAGCACCUUCAUCUGCAGAACAGGGCUGCACCGUUUCAGGCCAACUUCACCAUCAGCCCUGUGACCUCAGAUCAUGAGGGGACCUACAAGUGCUAUGGUUCAAACAGCACCGCCCCCUACCUGUUGUCACUCCCCAGCGACCCCCUGAAUCUCCUGAUCUCAGGUCUCAAGUGGUACUUGAAGGAUCUGAUAGGAGUCUCGGUGGCCUUCGUCCUGGUUCUCUCCCUCCUCCUCUUCCUCCUCAUCAGAUGCCGGUGUCAGGGCAAACACAGGACAUCAGCUCCAGCCCAGCUGCUGAGGCCCAGGAAGAGACCCUCUCAGGACCCCCAUGAUGAAGACCCCCAGAGAAUGACAUAUGCCCAGGCUGCUGUAUCUGAAGACCCCCAGGACAUGACCUACGCACAGCUGAACCACUUGACCCUUAGAUGGAAGACAACACCCCCUUCCUCCCAGUCAGAGGAUCCCCCAGCAGAGCCCAGCGUGUAUGCUGCUCUGGCCAUCCACUAGCCCAGGAAGGACCCAGAGCCCCACCCUCCAGGGACGAAGGCUGCAGGGACCCCAGAAGGCACAGGAGCUGCCCCAAUGGACACCUCCUAAUGACCCCCAGCAAGCCUGGACUCCUAA